CACCUCCAGCCUCAACUUUGGAACUACACGCGGGAGAUAUGGCGGACGAUAUCGAGGCAGAACUCAACGCAGCGGGCAAAGAGCUGGAUAAAGACGCGGAAAUCGAGCGCAUCCGCAAUAUCUUCAGCCUCAACGCCUACGCCGUCCUCGACCUGCAGCCGGGUGUGCCCGAGUCAGACAUCAAGAAAGUCUACCGCACCAAGUCACUACUCAUCCAUCCUGACAAGACAUCCAAUCCCAACGCCCCAGAUGCCUUCGACAGGCUCAAGAAGGCGCAGACGGUACUCCUCGACGAGAAGCUGCGCGCCGAGCUAGACGAAAACAUCGCCGACGCACGUAUGCUGCUGAUGCGGGAGAAGAAGCUGACCGCCGACGACGAAGAAACACGCGGCCCAGAGUUCCUCAAGGAGUGGCGCGAAAAGACCGCUUGGGUGAUUCGCGACAACGAGCUGAGAAAACAACGACAGAUGAAGGCGCAGAUGCGCGAGGAGGGACGACAGCAGAAGAAGGAAGACGAGGAGAUGGUUGAACGCAAGCGCAAGCGCGACCACGAGCAGGCCUGGGAGAAGUCACGUGACACACGCAUCAACAGCUGGCGAGACUACCAGCAGGGCAAGAAGCCAGAGGCCGAGGGCGGCAAGAAGAAAAAGAAGAAGGUAAAGGCUCUUGGUUGAGCGCUGCGCUGCAUUGCAUUGCAUUGCGCAUGCUCUUGAGCAACGCGCAGCAUAUGUCCACAUGCAUGCUUUCACAACAUCGCAUACCCCACUCGCCUGCGCCCUCCGAUUCGCAGCCAGUAACAGACCAUUCCUCUAUACGCCGUCGGCUUGGGAACAAUAUAUUUCCUCGCAUUUUCACGAUGCAUUUGGCAGGCGACAUCAUACCCAUCGAAGUUCUCGCAGCAUUAGAGUUUAACAAAGGCGCCAAGGACAGGCCGGACGUCUCAUUUUUGAAGCUUGAGCCACCCGCAUUUUGAGACGGGGAAUCUCGGACAUUGUAUCCAGCAUUCCGGUUGCUUGCUAGGUAAUCUCAACGGUGUCUCAGGUAGAGUGAACACGCGUUCACGGCAUACAAGUCGUGAAUCUGGAACACA